ACCCCACCCGCCGCCCUUAGACAGGCCUCGACCUCCCCGCUCGCCUCAGGCCUAGGGGGGCCCCUCGCUCUCAGGGGAACCGUCGAAAGCUUCCUUUCAAAAAUCCGGAUUAAUAAAUCCGGAGUGGCCUUCGUCCUUUAUAAUCUUACUUUACUUGUAAUUUCCGCCCCCCUAAAAAAUAUUAGGGACGGGUGUUACUUGGCUGGGGAGACAGAAGGGGGGUGUCUGCUUUUCCGCCCAAAGUGAUUGAAAUGGAGGACUCAAUGGGACGUGACGACUUCUACAUCGGACUGGGCCUGGCUCUCAGCUCUAGCCUGUUCAUUGGAGGAAGUUUUAUCCUAAAGAAGAAGGGACUUCUCAAGCUAAGUAGCAGAGGUGCUGUCAGAGCAGGUCUAGGGGGUCAUGCAUAUCUGAAGGAAUGGAUGUGGUGGGCAGGGUUGCUAACUAUGGGAAUUGGAGAAGUUGCCAACUUUGCUGCAUAUGCUUUUGCCCCUGCAACACUGGUCACUCCUCUAGGAGCGCUAAGUGUUUUAGUCAGUGCAGUUUUAGCCUCCUACUUCCUGAACGAGCACCUGAACAUCCAUGGGAAGAUCGGCUGUAUCCUUAGCAUUUUAGGCUCCACAGUGAUGGUCAUCCAUGCCCCACAGGAGGAAGAGGUCUCCAGCCUGGAGUCAAUGGCGGAGAAACUAAAGGAUCCAGGAUUUAUAGUGUUUGCUGUGUGCAUGCUGGUGAGUUCAGCUCUUCUCAUCUUUGUGGCUGGGCCUCGCUAUGGACAUAGCAACGUCUUAGUGUAUGUUUUGAUCUGCUCUGCCAUUGGUUCGCUCUCUGUCUCAUCUGCGAAAGGCUUGGGUAUUGCCCUGAAAGAACUGUUUGCUGGGAAGCCUGUCUGGAAGGAACCGUUGAGCUAUUUGCUUUUUAUUUGCCUUGUGAUCUCCAUCACCAUCCAGAUCAACUACCUAAACAAGGCCUUGGAUAUCUUCAACACAUCUGUAGUGACCCCCAUCUAUUACGUCCUCUUCACCACAUCAGUUAUGACUUGCUCUGCCAUUCUGUUCAAGGAGUGGCAGCAUCUGGUUCUGAUGCACAUCAUUGGCACCAUCAGUGGCUUCCUCACCAUUGUCCUUGGCAUCUUCCUACUGCAUUCUUUCAGAGACAUCCCCUUCACUGCAGACCUGCUGCCUCUUUUCCUGAAGGAUAACCAAACAAAUGUGCGAGCCGCUUCUUGGGGAAAGGGGGACAAGCAUCAGUCCUGUCUUCACCAGCCCCUUUUGGACUCUGAGGACACCCACAAAGAAGGGACAGAGAAAGCAGACGAGCAAUAUGGCCAAAGUUUAUGAAAGCUAGAACAUUAUACAUAGCCUUUCGGCUUAAAAUAAGAUAUAUCCCAAUCCAUUUUCCAUGUUCCAAAGAGCUUCUUAAGACUGCUGCUGUUUUCGACUAGAAAAGUUGAAUCAGAUUUUAAUGAGCAACACUGAACUAUUUGAAAUGCUUUUAUGUGCGAGUCCUUUCACUGGUAACAUACUUGAACCAAAUUAGAGACCCAAUCAGAUCAAGCUAGAGCUCAGCAAGUGGCAGCCCUAGAGCUGAACUUGCUGUCGCCUGCAUUCCCUCCCGUGCAUCCAGAAGUGAUGUGGAGGACAAGAAAGAAAACCAGAGACAAAAAUAUGUGCACCUGAGGGGUUUUGGACCAACCCUGACACAAAAACAAGUUUCAAAAGUAAUGGGUGAUGUGGCAUUGGUA